GGAGAGCUCUGGUUUAUUCUCAUACAAUGACCCGUUAAUGACAUGAGGCAUUCGGGAGGCAGGUGCGUUCCUUAAUGUAUUCCUCAUGUUCGGUGUUAGGAAUUCUCUUUUCGUGCGCACUUUGAUUUCUUCAUCCCCAUCGCUGUCUUGGCCUCGGUGUUCGACGGUGCAGUACUAAAUUGUUCUCCGUUCAAGUUAUGCUUCCGCGCCGACUUUAAUUCUAUACAAGGUUUCCGGGUUAACCGAAAGGAGGAAAUAAUUUAAAGAAAAUAGAUAUCCAGUGCCCCAGCGUGUGUGCUGCCCAACUGUGAGCGACAGUAGAAGUGAAGAAGUCGUGUGUAGUGAUUUCAUCAUCAUCAUCACCCCGUGUUUGUUUAUACUCAGCCUAAUCUACAACCGUGGAUUCCGUGAGGGUCGGUUCAUCCAGUGUUUAUUUCACCUGAGCUCAGGUCACCUGCCAGUCCUGGAAUAAGGUGGUUCAAUCUUAAUUUGCAUAUUCCCCCCCUUCCCAACCCCCCUCCUCCACUUUUCGUCGGCGAUUCGCCAUUAUGUGAUUCCCGCUUUGUCAGCGCAGUUGCUUGUUGUGAGAGUCUUUCCGCCUUUCUUUUUUUGUCCCUUAACAUUUCGUAGAACGCGGCUUCUCACUUGAUCGCGCGCUUGUCUUGGUCUCACUGUCACGCGAGCGCUGGGUGUUUUCAUCGGAUUGUUCGUGGGAUUCUUUUCAAACUAUGAUGUGAAUAAAGGUAAGAUUUUUUUUUUUUUAAUUUAUAAUAAUAAUAAACGAAUAAAAUGGAUGUUACCUAUAACUUAAAGGCAGUAGACCCAACAGACAGUGCAUAGGGGUUAUUCGCCAGACAAGGGCAUCGCUUUGCUUGUAGUAGAGUAGAGAGCGGCAGAAAGGUAAAGGCCGCGUUGAACUUCACUGCUGACUCUUGUGGUGUUUAUAUUACUUGACAUGUUAUAUGCCCUAGGCCCUUGACAUUAAUUUGGGACUGUUGUGUCAUGUGACCGGUUUUGAAACUGUAUAUUCAAUGCCGGACUCUAUCAGGAUUUAAGAGUGAAACUAGACUAUACACGAUAGUGUUAAUCGGUAGACUGGGCACGGGGCAUCAACGAAAAAGAAUGCUUUUUACGUGUGGGGGUAUAUAAAAAAAAGAAUUUUUUUUUUUUAAAGAGGGGAGAGGUAGUUUGUAUUUUGCCCAAUGAAAUAUGCAGCUUUACAGAUACGCCCCCUCCCCUGCCCACCCUCUUUUAAAGGAAUGACCCUUCUUAGAUAUGAAACGAAGUUGCAAUAUCUAUCAAAUCUAUGGCUAAUUCUUGUGUAUGAUGAGGUGGGUGGGAGUGUAAUUAUUUUCAUUAGAAAAUGUUAAGUUUGGUAGGGAAUGUACCUCUCUCAGGCAUAGUCGGGAUUUAAUGUUAAUAAAAUAGUUAUGGGGGACACGUGAAUUGUUGAAUGAAGUGUAGGGGGAUUGGUGCACAGCCUAGUGGCACAGCCAAGUCUUUUGUUUGAUAUUGGUUGCAUCAUGAAUCUGGGGGGGGGGGGGGGGGGGGGCCGCUGUCACGGGCGUUUUGUGGUUUUUUUUCAGCCUACGUAAGCAGAUCCGUCAUAAGUUAUAAGUUUAGGCAUUAGUGUUUAAUAGUGAUUUGACGGGUAGAGCAUGCCACUGCCAAAUCUCUUUUCAUUGAAAAGGCCAGUUAUGGUACGCAAUUGAUCUAGGCCAUGGUCCUGUGCUGUUCACUGGUAGUCGGCAGGUUCCAACCGCUUAUUGGUUUAAUUAAAAACAUCAUACUUAGUAGGAAAGUGCUUUCAUGUUGUAUAUCAUUCAGUGGUCCUCAAAUUGGUGACAGUGCAGUGACAUGUCUCAAUACUAAGGUCCACUAUUUUUUAUUUUAAUUCUUAGAUUAAAAUAACUAAAAGAAUACUAGUUUUAAAUAGAAAAAAAUUAAAGGGAUUUUAGUAAGGUAUGAGGAGAAAAUGGGGGGGGGGGGGGUAAAUGCUGCCCUUGCUCGCACUCCAGACGCCCUUGCCAUGGAGGGAGGGGACCUUUCUGUGUUAAAACAACUGUUCUCAACAAAGCUUAAGGCUGAGGUUUGAAUGAAUACCUUAGAAAAUACAUGUAAUUUGAAUCGUAAUACGUCGGCAAUCGUAAUUUUGUAUUUAGAUGAACACGGCAGAUUUAGAUCGCGAUCAUUUUUCGUAACAAGGCUGUCGUCCAUGAGUCGCCAAACUAGUUGGUCGUCUUUUGACAUUUUUGAGAACUUCAUCACUCAGCACUGUAUCACUGUUAUUUAAUGCGUAUCACUGUUAUUUAAUGCGUAUCACUGUUAUUUAAUGCCUGGUUGUCGACCCUGAAUUAUUAUAAUUUUAAGUUAAAUAACACGUUGAAGCACGUGUUAAGUUUGUUAGUCUCAACUUUGGCCCCGUGUUAACUUGAAGUCUUUAUAAACAUUAGAUCUAUAGCAAAUACUGAGUGAAAAUUUUAGAUUUAAAAAAAAAAAAUUUGUAAAGAUCAAGUGCCAUAUGUUUUUAAGAUUUAGAACAUGCGUGUGUUCUCUCUCUCUCUCUCUCUCUCUCUCUCUCUCUCUCUCUCUCUCUCUCUCUCUCUCUCUCUUCCUCCCACCCUCCUAUUUUUCUUUUUUUUAAAUUUUAGAUUUAAAAAAAAAAAAUAUGUAUAGAUCAAGUGUCAUAUGUUUUUAAGAUUUAGAACAUGCGUGUGUUCUCUCUCUCUCUCUCUCUCUCUCUCUCUCUCUCUCUCUCUCUCUCUCUCUCUCUCUCUUCCUCAAACCCUCCUAAGUUUCUUUCUUUUCGGCUUUGUUACACCAGCAUUAAAGGAUAUGCUGAUUUAAAACGUGCUUGUAAUGUAUCGUAUAGCGUGCUUGCUUAGUAUCGCCUUUUACUCAAUUAUUAGUCAUUUUGGUAUAGAGUACCGUGCUAUUUACACAAUGACUUGCCUGUACCCUGCUAAUAACAUCGUAGUUUCUCCUGGCAAAGAGUUCGCCCGUUACAGUUAAAACUGGCGUCGACUGGAGAGUAUUAGCCCUGAUUGGCCGCACACAAGUCAAGUUGACUGUAGCAUUAGGCUUUGUUAACCCGUUAAGGCCCACGAUCGCCCAGAAAUGUUAAAUGGCAUUUCGUGGAGCCUGUCUGAGGCUGGUUCAGGACUCGGGAGACCACACUGCUCGCCCACACCACCCCCGCCACUUUAUUGAAAUCAGUGGCCAUGUUUAAAACGUGAAAAUGUCAGCGUGGGAAUCUCUGAAUAUGUGGACUACUUCCUUAGUUUCGCCACCCUUCUGGUUCACAUUCUUCCACUAAAAACCCUGAACUUUAUGUCAUCAGUACGUAAGGUACCUUUUUUAAAAAAAAAUGUUUCUAUUUAAAUUAAAUCAUUCAAUUUUCAUGACACCUGUUCUAUAAUCAUAUUAGGACCACUGGGUCCUAUUAGGACCAAUGGGUCCUAUUAGGACCACGGGUGUAGGAUUGGUGGUGGAGGGGAGCCCUGGGCGGCACUUUUUUGGGCGGGGAGAGGCACUGUGUACAAUACAUGUUGGAUGUGUAUUCUUGGUCCACUGUGUACAAUACGUGUUGGAUGUGUAUUCUUGGUCCAAUGUGUACAAUACAUGUUGGAUGUGUAUUCUUAGUCCACUGUUUAUGACAUGUUGGAUGUGUAUUCUUGAUCCACUGUGUAUAUGACAUGUUGGAUGUUUAUUCAUGGUCCACUGUGUAUAUGACAUGUUAGAUGUGUAUUCAUUAUCCUUUGUGUAUAUGACAUGUUGGAUGUGUAUUAUGGUCCACUGUUUAUAUGACAUGUUGGAUGUGUAUUCUCGGUCAACUGUAUAUGAAAUGCUGGAUGUGUUGUCUUGGUCUUGGUGAUUUUCGCAAGCAAUGAUGGAUGGCAAAAAUCACCGAUCUCCCAGGGCGUCAUAAACCUCAGCUACUCCACUGAUUAGAACCGCUAAACAGAAACAAAAUGCGAAGACGCAUGACAUCUAUUAUCUCCUAUGACCGGUGACAUUCGACACCGCCACGUGUGGAAGCAUGCCUAGGCCAGAACCAACCGAUCGUUUUCAAACGGGCGUCUGUAGCCCCAAUACCGACCAAACCAGAAACUAUACGAUAGCGGUGUUGCAAACGAUGAGACUUUAGUUCACCAGUGUCAACAAUAUAAAUUUAAUAUCCCAUCGUUACGUUGCCUAAGGUGGUCGCCCCUUACACCAACGUUCCCCUGCCCGCUAUCUGUUUUCAACCCGAUCUUCUACUGCCCAGCGCCCUCUGCCCCCACUCCCCCAGUUCCUCAAACCCCCACACAAUUUCACUGCAGCGAGAUUCGGUUUCUGUGUUGAGUCAUUAGCGGGAAGCUGUCCAGUGUAAUGAAAUCAUUCUGUGACCGACCUCGACAUGCCGUCUUUGAUCGCUGUAAAUAUUGUCAUCCGUUCAAUACCUGCGUCUGGCAACAGAUUUAACGCGCACGUGACGUAGGUUACUGUUUGAGAUUGAGUGCACUGUCGAUGACGAGGGUUAAUUAAAAUAGUUUCUCUUGUUACUUUUCAGUCCCACGGUGACUUAUCUGGCAGCAGAGGGGUACAUUAUGGAUGAUGCGCCAUGGCAGCCAAGUACACAGUUGCCAUUGUGAGACACGGUGAGAGUGUGUUCACCAAACAGAAUUUAUUUUGUGGAUUUGCACACGAUGCAGAUUUGACUGAAGUAGGGAUCCAAGAGGCUAUUCGAGCUGGUCAGGUGAUUAUAUAUUUUUUUUUUAAAACGUCUACAUCCUUUGUUUUGUUUUAUUAUUAUUGUUACAAAAUUCCCCCCCCCCCCAAACCAGGGUAACCCCGUAUUUUCGGUACGUUACCAGACUUUUUGAGCUAACCCCCCCUAAUCAAUAAAACAUGUAAAUAAAAAAAUUGAACAUGAAGUAAAGAAUUAUUGCACACGAUGCAGAUUUGACUGAAGUAGGGAUCCAAGAGGCUAUUCGAGCUGGUCAGGUGAUUAUAUAUUUUUUUUUUAAAACGUCUACAUCCUUUGUUUUUUUUUAUUAUUAUUGUUACAAAAUUCCCCCCCCCCCCAAACCAGGGUAACCUCGUAUUUUCGGUACGUUACCAGACUUUUUGAGCUAACCGCCCCUAAUCAAUAAGACAUGUAAAUAAAAAAAUUGAACAUGAAGUAGAGAAUUGGUGACGUAUGUGGUUCACUUAAACUUUCUGACUGAUCACAAACAUGAUUAAAUCAUAAAGAGGCAUAGCAUAGACAUCUCAAUACUGACGCGCUCCUUCUGUGGUUUUGAUUUAUACGAUUUUUUAUUUUUAAAUCGAUAGCUUUUAUACUUGUAUCAUAUGAUGCUUGGCCAGUGGUUUAAGCUGGGUGAAUCCCAAACUCAUGGACUGGAGCUCAAUGCCCAGGAAAAGUCUAGACAAGCAAAAAAACACCAGCACCCGGGUUGGAUGGGGCUCGUUAACCCUGGAUGGCAGCUUCAUACAAGGGAAGGCAAACUCUGAAGUCAAACCGGGUGAUGGAGUCACGGGUGAUGGAGUCACGUAGGCGGUAUGACAUUGAUAGAAUGAAAAUUCGGACAACUUCUGUGACGUGGAACGCAUAAAGAGCAAUGUGAGACAACAAUAAACACUGCUGGUCAUCUACGGUAUCCAGGAGUCUUGACCAAGUCUUGUAUUUGGAACAAAUUAAAUAGGCAAGGACGAGAGAGUGAGACUGGCUAAUUGAACAACCCUCCCUUACUUUAAGGGAAACAUAGUUCGCAUGCGAAGGGCGAACAAUAUCAUAGAUACCCAAAGGCCUAAGUUGGGGGCGGAGUUGAAGGUAACACCCACCCCCACCCACAUUUGUUUUAUAGGAAACAUAGUUCGCAUGCGAAGGGCGAACAAUAUCAUAGAUACCCAAAGGCCUAAGUUGGGGGCGGAGUUGAAGGUAACACCCCCCCCCCCCCCCCUUUCCCUUUUCCCCCACUUUUUUUUUUUUUUUUUUUUUUUUUUUUUUUUUUUUUUUUUUUUUUUUUUUGCAUACGAUGAAAACUGAAGACGGGUACCAGACAUUUUCAAGAAAGAAACUUGGUCGAACGAAAGUUUGGUUCUAUUGAGUUUUGGAAGAACAAAAUUUGUCGAUUUGUUUUGGGUUGUUUUUUUUUUUAGUCUGAGGAUGCGUGAUUUAGAAAUGGUGUGAUUUGUUCCAAGGAAAAUUUGGUAGAAUAUUUUUGUAUUUAAUAGUUUCACUGGAUGAAGUUGACCUUUCUUUGCCAACGUUAAUUAAUUCAGUGAAGCAUUAGAUCCAAAAAUAAAAUAAUCGAGACACCUAUACGUUAUUCACUUCCGAACUUGUUUGAAGUUUUCGCAUUUCCAAAAAUAAAAUAUCGUCACGCUGCUUCUCAGUCUUAGUAUACUCUUAAGCCAUGGGACUACUAGCCAGUUGCCCAGCGAUUCACGCUUCUGGGCCAGUGUGUCUCAAUCCAUUGUCCGCGGAACACUGGUACUCCGCGAAGCCACUGCAAGAGUUCCGCGAAGCCACUGCAAGAGUUCCGCGAAAAAAUCAAAUACAAAAAAUGAGAACAAUGCACAAAAAAAUCAUGACGUGUUGCUAUUGUAAUCAACAAACGCGAAUGACAAUUAUACUUUUUUGUCCAUUCUUAAAUUAAUUAAAUUUACGUGGCUAUGAUAUUGCACUGACCGACUCAGGAUUUAGGGUUCUGCUAAAGUUUGAAGUUUCCAGGGACUUGGUAGGUGGAUAACAAACUUGUUUGUUGUGCUGAAAUAGUAAACUGUUUCUUUAUUGAAUUAUUGGUUGUUAGUCGACGUGUCGUACCCUACGUUCUUAUACAUUGACCAUUAGGAUUUGUAAAAAUAGUCACUUUAAGCACAGAGAAUUUAUUCUUUCGAUGCUCACUUACAAUGUAAAUUGUGUAGCUCAUUUAAUGUACUAAUCGCUCACCGUCCAUGUCCGACUUCUGUUGUCAUUGUCAUUUUAUUCAAAAUAAAAUAUUUGUUUCGUUGUAUUAUCAAUUUUAUAUUUUUCAUAAAAUAUUUUUUUUUGCAAAAGUAAUGGAUAAUUUCAUCAUUAAAAAAUCUCGUCUUGAUAACAAUAAUGACAAGGCUAUAAUACUAACACUAGUAGAAAAAGAAGCAGAAGAUUUUUAAGAAUUGGGGAGCAACCUCGAAAUGUCAAUCACUUGUACGAUUCGGAUUCACCUGGAGCGGAGAUUUAGAUAUUAAGAUUAUCCGACUCGUACCUGCGUUUUGUGCGGAAAGAAACUUGCCGAUGGUGCUUCCUAAAUUUUUCAAUUGACGUUUAAAAAAAAUCGUUAUUUACAAAAUGAAGCAUUCUUUAAAAGGUUUUUGGAAACCCAAUUUAACAAACAAAAGUUGAAGAAAAAGAACGGGGAAAAGUAAUAGAAUUGAAAAAGAUCAACAUGCAUCGUUUCAAAUUGCCGAGCUAGUUGCAUUAAAAUUAAAGAUAUCAGUCACACGAUCGCAGACUCUUUCAUUUUACCCGCCUGGUGUGAAAUGACACUUAUAUUUGGGGAAGAAGAAAAGGACAUUUUCAAGAUUCUGCGAAGCAGCAUUUUCAACGAUGGUUAAUAUUUAAAAAAAAGGAAUGAGGGAGCCUGGGAUAUUUAGGGUAAUAAUUUAUUCGUCCUAAUAUUUCUGAAAUCUGCAAAGACCACCAACCUCAUGCAUCGCAUUAACUUUGAGAUUUAAAAAACAAUUUUAAUUAGUGUAAUUUUUAAAUAAAUAUAUUUGCAACAACCAUUAUCGGUAUUUGGGAACUUUUAUAAAAGUAACACUUAAGCUGGGGUGGCCAUCAUUUUAUAAAAGUAACACUUUUAAGCCGGGUUGGCCAACAUUUUAUAAAACAACGUAUUUAUUAAACUACAAAUAACGAAUUUGUUUAAACCCAACCAGGUCAAGGGUCACCAAAAGUGCUACUAGCAUCUCUCCUAUUGCUUCCCCGUUACGUUCAGACCAAUCUAUCCCAGCAAAUUGAAUGUGCAAGUGUGAAUGUUUGAACAUUUUCUAGGACCCCCCCCCCUCCCAAAACCCCAUCUCAUGUUUCCUUCGGGUGCCUUCUGCGCCUCCCCCCCCCCCACAGCAAUGGUACAGCACCUAUUUAUCUACAAAAACAAAAAGGAACUGAAUGUUAGAAAUUAAUGUGAUUUUCUUGAAUUUAACAAUUAUGUAGUUGGAAUAUUUCGCUAAACUGUGGCCAAAAUCAUACCCUCAAAUUUGUUUGGGAGGGGCGGAUCUGAAACAACCGGAAUGAAUCUAUUUUUAUGUAUGGUGGGAGCGUUGGCUCUGAUAGAUGCCCUACCCCCCCCCCCCAAUUAACGCCUUAACACCCCCCCCCAAACUUUUACUGCACAUUGGUUGUUUUAUGCUUGUCUUUUUGUUAUUUUAAUUUAAAUUCGAACAAAUAUCCUCACUUUACACUCGCACCUCUUUGACUUAACUUUUUUUAUUCAAACAAACUUCCGUUCGAACAAAUUUAUUUCAAAACAAACUUCCAGAUAUGGAUGAAACCAACCUAAGUCCAAAAUUUUAAACUGAGCCAAACUGGGAAAAUGAUUAUACCUAUCCACAUAAUGAUUCUAUCUAUCCCAGGGGUCGGCAACCUUUUGAGACGGAAGAGCCAAAAGUUACAAUUUACAAAAUUACCCAGUUUUUAAGAGCCACUAACAUUUUUAUUUCAAUAUAAUUAUUUGCGCAUGGAACUGGAGAGCCGCAUCUGGGCAUCAAAAGACCCGCAUGCGGCUCGCGAGCCACAGGUUCCGACCCCUGACCUAUCCACAUGAUUCUAUCUAUCCAAAUAAUGAUUCUACCUAUCAACAUAUUGAUUCUACCUAUCCACCACAUAUUGAUUCUACCUAUCAACAUAUUGAUUCUACCUAUCAACAUAAUGAUUCUGCCUAUCCACAUAAUGAUUCUGCCUAUCAACAUAAUGAUUCUGCCUAUCAACAUAAUGAUUCUGCCUAUCAACAUAAUGAUUCUGCCUAUCCACAUGAUUCUGCCUAUCCACAUGAUGAUUCUACCUAUCCACAUGAUUCUACCUAUCCACAUGAUUCUACAUAUCCACAUAAUGAUUCUACCUAUCCACAUAAUGAUUCUACCUAUCCACAUGUUACUUGACUACCAGCUGUCUACGUCUCAAUGCUUAACUUGUCUGGGAUUGAGCGGCAUAAUUGCACUGUAUGUUUGAGUUUGGUUGUUUUUCUAAACCCCGGAACAGUUUUCAGAAGCAUCACCUUCUAACCUUAAAAGAAGAAACAUUAACAAGGUCGUUGACCUCUUACUAACCUUGAUAAGGUUUUCUUUUUCAACAAGUCUCUAAUCUGUCGUCUGACAAUCAUCACUGAAGUGUUUACGAAAGUUGGACACACGAGCAAUCCAUGUCCCGAUAGAAGUGCAGGUGACCUAUUUCGGGGGGUGGCAUUUUUCGUUCAUUUUCUUUCACUAUACACUACUGUGUGUAGUUUAAUUUGUCGUGUAUUCUGUAAGUGGUUUUUGUUUAUGAUGAGGGAUCGCGAAAUCAAGGACCAGCCCAAACGUCACAAACUCUCUCACUACCUCUGUGUGAAGAAGCGCUGUGACCUCGAAGUCAAUGUCAUAAUCUAAGAUUGAUAAUGAGUAGUAAGGAAACGUGAUACAAACUUUCUGUAAACAUAUUAGAAUGAUUAUUUAUCUGUCAUAUAUGAAUUGUAUAGUUUGAAGUUUAAAGCAUUUUAUGACAAAUGUGUUUUGCAUUAGAAAUUUCACGAUGGAGCUUAAUACAUUAUACAAUUCAGCAUCAGUUGCCAAAGAUAGACUUCUUACUUGGCCGUUAGCUCCUUAUUUGCCCGUUAGCAUCUUACUUGGUUGGUUGAUACGGUGACCAGAUUUUUCUGGGGGUAACCUGAACCAUGUUAAUGACAACCCCCCCCCCCACCCCCAAGCCUAAAACCUGUUCGAGUAAAAAAUUGACCUAACGACACGCUUCCCUGAAGAGCAAAGAAUCACAUUAGAGUCAGCGGCGUAGCGAGGGGGGGGCAGAUGUCCCUGGGCGCCAGAUAGUUAGGGGCGCCAAAAUGUGCUUUGAUAUUAUUUUAUUGAUGAAAAUAAUGGGUUUGAGAGUUACAAAAAAGAAAAAUGGGGCGCUUUAAAAUUGAUCUUGUCCCAUGGGCGACAAACACCCUCGCUACGCCUCUGAUUAGAGUCAAUGAUAUGAACUACUACUAUGUUACGGACGUACCGAAUCAUUACGUUGGAUUAAAAGGAAUCGGGCAGGCGAAAUUUUUAAUUGUGAACAAUAAAGUAGAAAAGUACCAGAAGUGUUUCGUAAGUACAUUAUUAAUAAUUAAUACUUUGCGUCUGGGACCGAAUGUGACACAUUUUGCUAGGUUCAUAAAAAGAGAAAGGAGCUUAAAAACCACUAACAAUUGACAUGUUGUUAAAAAAUAAUAAGAAAUUAACACAACCGACGUAAGUCAGAAGUAUGAGGCACCAACAACUGAAAUGUAAUUAUUAAUUUCAUCAUCAUGACACACUCAAUAUUUCUCAGAUGAGUGGAUAGCUCUCCGGACAUCAGGGUUUUAAAUAACAGAUCAUAAAACUUGUCGAAGGAAUCACUGAAAUAGCAUUCGAAGGAAUCACUGAAAUAGCAUUCGACAACCAGCAGAUGUUUUAAGGUAUCAGCUUUGACAACCAGCGUAUGUUUCAACGUGUCAACUUUGACUUGCGAUUAAUCUGGUGUCCACGUGUUAAUGGGAGGAAAGACUCUUCCAGUGGGAUCAUUCUUCCCUCUCCUGGGCAAAGUACCCAUUCGUAACACCACCACCACCACAGGCCAGGACAUUUCCUGACUUCCGGAGGAGGACGCCCGGGGGAUGAUGUGAAAAUUAGGACUGUCCCGAAUAAACCGGGACGCCUGCUCACCGUCGGGUCCCGAAUAAACCGGGACGCCUGGUCACCGUCGGGUCCCGAAUAAACCGGGAGUCUGGUCACCGUCGGGUCCCGAAUAAACCGGGACGUCUGGUCACCGUCGGGUCCAGAAUAAACCGGGACGUCUGGUCACCGUCGGGUCCCGAAUAAACCGGGACGUCUGGUCCCCGUCGGGUCCAGAAUAAACCGGGACGUCUGGUCACCGUCGGGUCCCGAAUAAACCGGGACGUCUGGUCACCGUCGGGUCCCGAAUAAACCGGGACGUCUGGUCACCGUCGGGGUUGAGCUUUUUUCACAAAUGAUUUAUCUCCUUCCCAAAAGCAUCGUUUCCACCCUUUUUAUAAUUUGACUCAUUUUCACCCCGACACCUUUUGGAUGUAAAGCACAAGUGCUACGAUUACUCCUAUUACUAUUUUUAAAAAGAAAAACCGCUGCUAUUUUAUGUAAAGGCGUAUAGUUACAUUCUGAAUAGAUUUUUCUCUUAAUACCGCAAACGAAUUUACCGCCUUUUUGUUGUUUUUUUCCCAUGCACACAACCUUCUAUAACCUAAACCCAGCUGUCAUCAAACCAUAAUUGAAAUGUCAUUAAGGCGACAAUGAUACCUGAUGUUCCGUUAUGAAAUGCAAAUGAUAGUGAUUUAAGUAUCUAAUGCCCAUGAACCAGCUCAAAAGCUUGUUUGUUGUUUUUUGUUAUUUUGUUUGUAAAUGUUAUGGCAUGUUUGGAUCAAGUCUGACAGGGCCUGGGAUCCACUUUUCCUACACCUACCAAUUAAUUCCCAAUUUGCUGGUUGUCUGUGGUUUAUGCACAGGUAUCUAAUAUCAGGUAUCAUUAUCCUGAAUGACCAUGUACAGUAUACAGGGUUUCUUUCAGCUAUAUUUUCAGGGGGGCAUAUUGCCCCCCCCCCCCCCGAAAGCCCAGCUCCCCCCCCCCCCCCCCCAAAAAAAAUUCCAAAAAAAAAACCACCGGAAAUGGCGGGGCCGCCCCCCCCCCCGAAAAAACUUGAGGGGCCGGGGGGGGGGGGGGAAUUUCUGUAAGAAACACUGACAGUAUAUCAUUUUGAAUAUAAGUUCUGACUUAUACAAAGCCAAUUUCAUAAUUUGUAAUGAAAAUAAUCACGUAAUGAUGCAAGUCCCUCUAUUUCUAGUUAACUCUUGCUUAUCCUAAAAACCCUAUUGCUUGAUUAACCUUUCAUAAACUCAAAUUUGAUGUUUUAGUUCCACUUUGCUAUAUAUCAGUUUAUUAAUGGAGCAAAGUCCAUCUGGUGUUUCAACUGUUCCAUCAGUAAUACAUUUGUGUGCACUGAUAGCUUGAUUUAUUUACUCAGACUCUUAAUUGAUUUUCUUAACCACUUUUCAUGCUCUGUUACCUUAAAUUAUAAAAUAAAGUACAAUUAAAUGUUUUUAAAGCCACGAGUGCUAGUGAUUUUUGUUUCAAAUAAUUUUCUUUAAAAAGCUAUUUCCAUUUCCUAACCUAAAACGACUAAUGUUGAUCUUCAAAAAUUAUAAUUUAACUUUCGUCUCUAUAGCUUCUCAAGGAAAACAAUCUUGAAUUCGACAUUGCUUUUACCAGUGUAUUGAAGAGGGCUAUUAAAACAUUGUACUACAUUCAAGAACAAUUAGAUUGUCAUUGGCUCCCCGUUGUUAAAUCAUGGCGCCUAAAUGAAAGACAUUAUGGGGCUCUGCAAGGCCUUCACAAAUCUGAAACGGCUGAAAAAUAUGGAGAGGCUCAAGUAAAGGUGUUGUAUAAUUUUUUUUAAAAUUCUCCAAUAACUUCUCAAAAAAGUUUAAUGUUGCAAGAUUUGUCUCCCUUUAAAAGAUCAAGAUUUUCAAAUUGUAUUGUGACGAAAUGUAUAAAAAUAAUUCUUGAAACCAGAGUUUCACCUGUAACAGAGAGGACGACACAAAUGUAGUAAAUCUUAUUGCUGUGAAUCUUUUUUUAAAAAAGAAAAAGGAAACAAACUAAAAAAAAAAUUAAUAAAUGGAUUUUUAAAAUUAUUUUUGGCAAAAAAAAUGGAAUAAAUUGUUCCUUGCAUCCAAAAUGUAAAGAAACAAAUCCUGUAUCUCCUCAAUGUAUUUUUCAGCUUUGGAGGAGAUCUUAUGAUGUUAGACCUCCCCCGUUAGACAGAAAUGACGAACGGUGGCCUGGUAAAGCUAGGCAGUAUGCUGUAAGUUCUUAACACAAUCUAAAACUAAAAGUUAAGUUUCACUUUGUAUGCUAUUGCUAUUUGUUUUGAAGAUAAAAUAGUGUUCCUACAAGCAAAAUUAAACUAUUUUACUGCAGGCCAUGGACCAGGGCAUGAUUCCAACAACCGAAAGCUUAAAAGACACAAUUCAUCGAACUCUGCCAUGCUGGUAUGACCAAAUAGUUCCAGCCAUUAAGGUCAGCACUGGAUUUAUUGAAAGAUUGCGUUUGUUUUUAAAUAUGAAUGACCGUUAAAUAAGACAGGUUAUCAUUUAUUGUUUUUUAAAUUUCUAUUAAGAAAGUGAUUUAAUCUUUCAAUCCAAAUUUACUUUUAUCUGUUACAAGCAGUUUUAUAGAUACUAGAUUAAUUUUUAAUACUUACAGAUACUGAAUUUUGUGACCUUUCAUUUUACGCCUGUAAUAUGAAAUUGUUUUAAAAAUGACCCUUGAAUCAUAUAUACUAAAUGUGCUCCUUAUCUCUCUUAUUUUACAGUGUGGGAAAAAAGUUUUAAUCAUUGCUCAUGGCAACAGUUUAAGAGGCAUCAUCAAAUAUCUGGAUAAGGUUUCAGAUGAUGACAUAGUCAGUUAUGAGGUUCCAACAGGUAUCCACUUUUUACUUUAUCUGAAUUCUGAUUGCUUGUUCAUUUAAAAAUAUACCCAAUAGUUAGCUUUUCAUUGAUACGUGUAUAAACUCAGUUGAUGGCAAUGAGUUUUAAUUUUUAUUGGCAAACUCUUUUUUAAAAAGUAAAAGUAAUCCCCUCACAUUCAUAAUUUUUACUAUUCUUUUUCUUCUAGGCAUUCCAAUGGUAUAUGAGCUGGAUGAAGAUCUCCAGCCUGUCAAGCGCUACUAUCUGGCAUCAGACGAGGAAGUGGCAGAGGCUCAAGCCCUUAUAGCAAAUCAAGGGAAAAUAAUUCAGAAAUGAAUCUAGUUUUAAUACCUUAAAAAUUCCUGUUAAAUACUUUUGGGGACUUUUACCUUAAAUUAUCACUGGGUGUGUCUGCAUUUGUAAUGUUAAAUGCAUCUUGACUGAUUUCCGGUUUUUCUCCUUUUGAUAUGUGACAAAAUGGCUAUUCAUUGCACACAAUUUCACUUAUUGUUUCUUUUUUGUUGAAGCGCACACUUUUUUUUCUCUUUCUUUUGUUGUAGCGCACCUUUUUUUUUGUCAAAUUAAAUUUUGUCAAAUUUUCAACAUGGUUGUUUCUUUAUUUCACCAUGGUUAAGAUGAUUUAAAGGAAUCAAUAAAAAGUAAAAUGGUGAUCAGCUGUGUAUUUAUUUUUCCCAAAAUGGAAAUUAAUGGCUUAAAACAGUUAAACUAAACAUCAAGUGAACAAGUGAAAAUUAAGGCAACAUAAGUGAUGACCAAUUUUAAAGAAAGAAAUUUGAAAGGAGCAUCCAUACUUUUCCUGGAUUCAUUUUUAAUAAACUAUCGGUACCGGUACUUCCCUGAAAUAAGUUUAGUUUAAAUAUAAAUGCAAAAAAAUUAUUUGUAGUACUUCAUUAUUUCUUUAAUUCCAGUGGUAGUUGAAAAAUAUUCAUUUACAGCACUGACGCUUAGAUAACACGAAGGGACUUUAUUAAAAGAUGUCAUUAUUUCAAUAAUAGUUAUGGCCCUUAGAAAGAGGUAGCCUUAUGGCUCAAUGACAAGGGGAUAUUAAUACAUUGGACUGGUUGAAGAAAAAUCAAAUGAUAAAAAUAUAGUUAUAUCUUAAGGUGUAGUGUUAAAUCUAGUAAAAGUUACAGCAUUUUGACAUGUUAAAAAAGGCUUACAGUUUAAUAUGUCCCAUCAAUUUUAGUAAGUCAUAGGAUGGGGAUACCAGUCCCAUUUUAUUUAUUUAUUUUAAAAAACUUUUAUGCGAUAUGAGUCCAAAUAUAUUUUUUAGAUAUACGUAUAAAAGUCAGAUUUUUUAAAACUGAAAUUUAAGCAGCUUAUUGAAAAAAAACUUAAUGUAAUGUAGAGCUAAAUUUAAUUUAAAUGUAUACUGGGACUUUGAUCCAUUUCAUGAAAAUCCAUCUGGUAUACUUAUUGUGACAACCUUUCUAGAGGAUCAUCUAAGGCCCAAAACAUAUUUGAUGCUGUUUGGUCUACUCAUCUGUAGGGAGAGUUAUUUCCCCUGGCAUUUAAACUAAAAUUAGAUUAAUUAAAUCCUACAGAAAUAGUUCAUACCAAUUUUGAAUACACCAAAGAUAUUUUAAAAUUGUAUUACCUCUCACAUUCAUAAAAAGGGGCUAAACAAAUCAAUUCUUCCGGAAUUCAAGAUUUAAGUAUGUGGAUUUUUUUUUUUCCCCCCACAUAAAGUUUAAGACCAAAUUUUUAUAGAACCAAUCUUGAUUUAUUGGGGGAAUUUAUCAGUUUUCCAGCUUUUAGAAAUCUAUGACAGAAUAUGUAUGGCAAUAUAUCCAUUUUGAUCAAAUAUAAUAUUACUCUGUCUUGGCAAAAUCUUUUUUAAAUAUAUUGAUUCAAAUAUUGGUUUUCAUUUUAUUAAUGAAAUAAUAACUUUUAUCAAGUCAUACAUCAAACAUUUACUUCAAAUCAUCUUUGCACAUCAAUUAUUAAAUAUCUGAAUUUUAAAAUUCCUUGCAGUAAUUGUCAUGAAACGCAUGACAAAAAAAAUUAGGCACAUUUUGUUAUUACCAUACUGAAAUUAUCAAAAUAAAGAAAAGUGAUUUUAUCAUAACAUUUAGUAAACAGAACAAAGAUUGCUUGCUUCAUAUUUAUAUUUGGAAUAAAGAUUUACAUAACUACCCGGUAUUUAAAAUUAUAAUUAAUAUUGAAUUAUAUUAAAUGUUAAUACAUGUGAAAAUUAACUCUCAUACCAAUGUAUGAGACUAUGUAAGACUUAUAUGUAAAGAUGUUUUUGUACACAGAUCUUAGUAUUGAGUUAGUGUAAAAUCAAAGUUAUAAUUUGGUGAAUCUUCAUUUGGAAAUAAAAAAGGAAUGACAAAAGAAGAAAUGUUAAAAAUAAAUUUUUGGGUAAAAAAACUCAUCUCUGGGUUUUCUACCUUCUCAAGAAUAGAUUUCAUGUUUUCUUAUUAUAAUUUUAAAAAAUGAAAUUUUCAUUGGGCUAAAGUUUAAAUACUGACUCUUGACAGAAAUAUCCAAGGUUUUAGAAAAGAAGCAUUUUUUUUUUACUUACAUGCCUUUUUUCCUCAUUAGCACAUUUGAACACUAAUUAUUUGGAACAAGCAAAAAUAAUAAUACAAAACAUGUGCAUUAAGUCUACCAUUUGUAAAGAUCUCGCAUUUUAAACAAGUUUAUGUUAUAAAUUAAUUAUGAGUUGAAAUUUUUCAUUAUUAUAUUACUUUGAGCUGUUGAGUUCUGUAUUAAAGAGAAAGUUUUAUGAAAUGGAAAACUAGAAAUUCAAUUUAAUAUAACCAGUUCACUUUUGCAUUCAAAAUAGAUUUAUUUGGUAUUUGACACCCUUGUGGACUUAAGAGGUAGGCCUAUUUUAUUUUGUAUUUAUCAUUUUGCAAAUGAAAUAAAUGGGUCAAAAUACUUAUGUAUUAACAAAACUAUAGCAAGGACAUUUUUUAAUCAUUUAAAUAUUUGUGAACUAAUUAACAUGAAUAUGCAUCUACAUUUAGCACAUAUAUAUUUCCAUCUUUUGCCAUUGCUUUUAUAUUCCAACAAAUUCAUUUACCUUUAUUUACUUCAGUUUUAUUAUGGUAUAUUACAUUUAUUACUUUCACCAUCAUUCACAAAAAAUGGAAGCACACUUGGUUUUCUUCAUCCCCUUAGUAAAAAAUAGUUUAAAAGAUUUAUGUUAAUA